UGAUCUCCAGGUUUGUACUUCUAAAAAUCCAACAUGCUGUACCAAGAGGAUGGAAGAAAGGUAUCAGACUGCAGCAAAGCAAGACAUGCAGCAAGUGCUUCAAACAUCAAGUGCUACAUUAAAAUUUUUAAUAUCUCAUAAUGCAGCUGCUUUUCAAGAAACCUUUGAAAUGCUUAUCAGACUGGCUGAGAAUUACACAAGCACACUUUUCUGCAGUGCGUAUAGAAACAUGGCUGCUGAGGCUACUGUGCACGUGCAGGAGUUCUUCACAGAUGUUGGACUCUUCUUAUUUGGCACAGACAUCAGCACAGAGGAAUUUGUGAAUAGAUUUUUUGACACCCUGUUUCCAGUAGUCUACAACCAUGUGAUUAACCCUGGUCCGACUGACAUUUCACUGGAAUAUGCGGAGUGCCUGCGAGCGGCAAGAAGAGACAUCAGGCCCUUUGGCAACAUCCCCAAAAAAGCCAUAGGACAAAUGGGAAGAUCACUCUUACCCAGCCGGACUUUCUUGCAGGCUCUGAAUUUGGGGAUUGAAGUGAUCAAUACAACGGAUCACCUGCGCUUCUCCAAAGACUGCAGCAGAGCUUUGCUGAGAAUGCAGUACUGCCCUCACUGCCAGGGGCUGACACUGAGCAAGCCCUGCAUGGGCUACUGCCUCAACAUCAUCCGAGGCUGCCUGGCUGACGUAGCAGAAGUUGAUCUCCACUGGCGGGAGUAUAUCCAGUCCCUGGAGGAGCUCUCCAGAGCUCUGAGUGGAGCACACGGCAUUGAGCACGUGCUGCUGAACUUCCAUUCCCUUGUUCAUGAUGCUCUGGUACAGGCUCGGAUCAAUGGGCCAGAAUUAUCUGUGCAGGUGAAUAAGAUAUGUGGUCCUCCCGUAAGGAAGCCUAAACAGUCUCCAGGUUGCUCCUUUGAUCAGAACAAAGAUAAUCAAGGCUUGAAGAUGUUCUCCAGAGACAGUGAAGAAACACUCACCAACAGAAGAAAAGAAUUUAUCAGCCACCUCCGUCUCUACAGAGCCUUUUACGGCAGCCUGGCGGAUCAGCUGUGCGGGAAUGAGCUGGCAGCUGCUGAUGGACUCCCGUGUUGGAAUGGAGAAGAUGUCGUAAGAAGGUAGCUUUCUGCCUCACUUUUGUCUUUUUUCUCUUGCAAGUCACGUUUCGCUAAAACAGCUUCUAUUCGAGUCGGGUAAGGUGUUUCCCUGUGUCUGUGUCAAGAUUAGUUUGAAAAAUAAAUAAAUAAGCACGAGUUCCCUUCUCUCAGGAGUCACCUCUACACAGUCAAGAAAAUCUCCCUACAUCUCUGUUUAGGAAAAAGAAAAAAAAAAUUCCAACGUUCUUCAGACAUUUUUCCUUCAAAUUUACAACAUCUAAACUUGCACUGGAAAAGAAGCUUGGUUGGCAUUUACAAAAUACAAUUGGACAAAAAGAGUAUGUAUUUUUGUUUGAGUUGGUCUUCAUAAAGUGCUCCUUUUAAUGCAGUGUGUGGUAAUGGACUCAAGCUUAAAACCUUCUCUGGCUGUGAAGUGUGAAGUAUGAAGUAAUCUCUUAAUAUAUAUAUGUUUUCCCAUGAGAGAAUUGAAAGUUAAACGUGAAGAUAAAACAUUUUAAAAGUGAAACACGUAUUUUUUUGAUAUAUGCAGCAGCUUGGGAGACAUCAUUCAGCAGCAGUGGCAAAGAAGAGAUAAUAAACUGCUACAGUCCUAGAUGUGUGUCUCUGGAGUCAAUAUAUUACACAGCUUAUAAAACACUAACAUUUUUGGAUGGCAGAAAGAUUUUCAGAGAGCUGAUCUCUGUUUUUGCUUUAUUGCUUUGAUCACUAAAACAAGUAUUUCUCUGAGCAGGAAAUCCUUUCCUUCCUGGUGACAAAGAGCAAAAUAUUGAAAAGUUCAUUGCAGUUAAUUGUAAUAUAAGUCAUGAUGUUAAUGUGGUGUGUAUUAGUAGGUAGUAUCAAUGGUCAUGUCAAAGAAGGCUGUGAGGAGAGUUAGUAAAGUGUGAGAUAGCAAAUAGAGCAGUGGACAAUAUGCACCUUUAGGUAUCUCUAAAAAGUUAGGUAGGAGCUGUCAUUUGGUGAUUGAUACCUAAGGGAACUUAAUGGACAUCUUUUUAGCAAACAGCUGCAGGCCCACUUUUCUUUAUCUUCUUGGGCAGUCCUGUGCUUUGGCAGCACCAAGGUCCAGUGAGUGGUUGAUUCCCUUGACAGUCUCACAACCUUUGUCCCAGGAUUUCAACAAUCUUCUGAAGAUGCCAUGUUCCUUCUUUAGGUAACUGUAUUUGAGGUUUAAUCUCAACUGUACCUCCUUGGUUUUGUUUUUCUGACCAAUCCCUGGUUCACUUAAAGUAUUCCUAGAAAAUAUUUCAGUAACAAUAUAAAGUGAGGGUCUUGUAAUUACAGAUUUCCCAAGAACAAGGUUAUUCUAUUAUUACUUUUGUCUGCUUAUAU